AUGGCGCUCGGGGCGCUGCUCAGUCGGGCCUCGGCCGGCGCGCGGGGGCGCGUGACCCCAGGGGUCAGCGGGGUCAGCGGGGCCCUGCGCAGCCGCAGUAGCUCAUAUGAUGUGGUCAUUGUUGGAGGUGGGAUUGUGGGACUCGCUUCCGCCCGAGUCCUCGCUUUGCGACAUCCGGAGCUUUCAUUUGGAAUCCUGGAAAAGGAAAAGGAACUAGCUAGUCACCAGACAGGACACAACAGUGGUGUCAUCCACAGUGGAAUUUAUUACAAACCCGGAACUCUGAAAGCCAAACUGUGUGUCCAGGGUGCUGCGCUCUGCUAUGAGUACUGUGACCGAAAGGGAAUUCCAUACAAGCAGUGCGGCAAGCUGAUCGUGGCGGCCGAACAAGAGGAGCUUCCUCGGCUCAAGGCCCUGUACGAGCGAGGCCUGCAGAACGGCGUCCCGGGGCUGAGGCUGAUCGACUCUAAGGAGAUUCAGAGGAAGGAGCCUUACUGCAGGGGUCUGCUGGCCAUCGAUUCCCCCUACACUGGCAUCGUGAACUAUACGCAGGUGUCUCUGUCUUAUGCCGAAGACUUUCAGGAUGCAGGCGGGAAUGUUGUGACUGAUUUUGAAGUGAAGCACAUUGAAGUGGUCAACGAAAGCCCCAUGGGCAGUAUAGAAGGAAUGAAAUAUCCAGUUGUUAUUAGGAAUUCAAAGGGAGAGGAAGUUCGUUGCCGGUACGUUUUGACGUGUGCCGGACUUCACUCGGACCGCCUUUCCGAGCUCAGCGGCUGCAGUCCCGAACCCCGCAUCGUGCCUUUCCGGGGAGACUACCUACUUCUCAAGCCAGAAAAAUGCUACCUCGUUAAGGGAAACAUUUAUCCGGUCCCAGAUCCUCGGUUUCCCUUCCUGGGAGUCCAUUUCACCCCAAGGAUGGAUGGGAGUAUCUGGCUCGGCCCUAACGCGGUUCUCGCCUUCAAACGAGAAGGUUACAGAGCCUGUGACUUCAGCUCCAGAGACGUGGUGGAUGCGGUUAUUAAUAGUGGCUUGCUCAAGCUGGUGUUCAGAAAUUUUUCUUAUGGGAUGAGCGAAUUGUACAAAGCAUGUUUCCUUAGUGCACAGCUGAAGCAACUUCAAAGGUUCAUACCGGAAGUUACCGUCGGCGAUGUCCUGAGAGGUCCAUCGGGAGUAAGAGCGCAGGCCCUGGACAGCGAGGGGAAUCUGAUAGAUGACUUCGUGUUCGACAGAGGUGUUGGGGCUAUUGGAAGUCGAAUCCUUCACGUGCGAAACGCCCCUUCUCCAGCUGCCACCUCUUCCCUCUCCAUCGCAGAAAUGAUUGCGGAUGAAGUGGAGCAGAGAUUUGAGUUAUAAAUAGCAAAGGGAGAGUCCCUGAUUUGGUGUGUGAGGAGUGAUGGAAAGGAGAGCACAACCCAUCAGCACUCGCAUGGGGAAGAGCAGCGAUGUUUGCAGCCAGAGACCGCGUCUCACAAGACGAAAGGAUGGCCAGCUGGCUUUUCUCAGGCAGUUGGGGCAAAGUUAAUUUUACGUAAUUUGAAAGUAACGGGUGGAAGCCGCCUCAGAAAUGGCUUUGUAUCCAACACAAGAAGCAAGGGAAUUGGCCAACCGCUUGUAACUGUCUCAAUUCCAGUACUACCUCAGAAUCCACAGACAGGUGAGCCCAAGUGGUCCGUACCAAUUUUUCUGCCUUCAGGAGGUGAGAAAAUUGUACUUGGGGAUGAGUGUAUAGGUCUUAAAGCGACAGAAAUGCUUUGCAGUUCUUAAGUUUUGAAUGUAGAAAUAAGAACUUUUAAUAGGG